AUUGAAAUCUGUAUAAUAAGACACAACACAUGGAGUUUUCAUAUGCUAUAAUUAUAAAUGUAUUCUAAGUGUUGCUUGUUAUCACUUUUUGAUAGAUUCUGUAUAAAGAAACUUUGUUGCUCAAUUUUUCUGUUUUGUUGUUCUUGUUUUCGCAUUCUUGUUAUUAUUUCCAUGGAAAAAUUCAAGCUUAAAUUCAAAGGAAUUUUUUCUAGCAUAGGUUGUCUUCGAAGCCGCGAAAAACCUUCUGUUGGUAUUUCAAUGGAUGAGGGAUUUGAAGGAGAAAGAAUUCAAGGCCAAAUAGUGACUAAGAAUGAUGGAUCAUCUGAUUUUUGGAGUAGCAGUGCUUAUGAAAAGGAUCAUAGCGCGGCUCGAUCGACGAAAAGCCUUUCGUCGAGUGGAAAAACACUGAAUUCUUCUUCUGAUCUUCAAAGUGCUUCAAGCAGUCAGAUUAAUUCUCAUGAAUUUGUCAAUCAAGGGUUUAUUGUAUGGAACCAGAUAAGGAAACAAUGGGGUGAAAAUAAAAGGUCUGAAAGUAAGACAGAAAAUAGAGAAUCAAGAAUAAGUUCAAAUGCUACCUAUGAAGAUCUACUUGAAAACAAUAAGCCUUUUCCCAAACCUAUUCCUCUAAGAGAAAUGAUUAACUUUCUUGUUGAUGUUUGGGAGCAAGAGGGUCUAUAUGAUUGAUUGAUUAUUAAAUGAAUUUGAUUAGAUUAUUAAUUGUAUAAUCAAGGUUUAAUGUUUAUUGUUGCAACUAGUGACACAAGAAAUUGUAUUUUAUUGAUGUAUUUGAGUAAAGAUACUUGGUUUAUUUUA